AUGUCUGAGUUUUACGCUGUAAUUCUUGCUGAUAGUUAUGAUAAUUAAUUUAAUCAUUUAACUAACAAUAUACCAAAAGUAAUAGAUAAAUUAACAUAUAGAGUUUAUUUCCAUUUGUAGAUGAUUUAAUUAUUGAACAUUAAAUUAAUUGGUUAUCAAAAAAUGAAAUUGAUUAAAUUAUUGUGCUUUAUAGAAAUGAAAAGAUUGCUGAAUAUUUUAAUAAUAGAAGAAGACCUGGUAGAAAAACAUAAAAAAUUUAAUUAAUUAAUAUAUUAGAUAGUAAAAGUUCAGGAGAUGCUUUAAGAGAAUUAUAUAGUCAUGGAAUUAUUUAAUAAGAUUUUUUAUUAUUAUUUGGUGAUGUAAUAACUAAUAUUUCUUUGAAAGAAGUAAUCAAUAAAUAUCAUGAUUAAAGAAAAGAGGAUAAAAUGAAUAUCUUAUUGAUGGUUGUUCAUUAAGGAAUAUAAUAAUAUGAUGAAGAAAGAUAUCUUUAUGUAUUGGAAAGUGAUGAUAAACUCUUUUAAUUAACAGAUUUACAAUAAAAAUAAAUCAUAAUAAACAAAAGUAUAUUUAUAUAUAUUAUUAUUAUUAAGAACAUAUUACACUUACUAAAGGAAUGCCUUGUAAAUAUGUUAUUAGAAGUAAUCUUAUUGAAUCUGGUAUUUACAUUUGUAACAGAGAUGUACUAAAAAGUUUUCAAGAAUAUUUUAUGUUUGCAGAAAUUAAAGAAGAUUUUAUUAAAUAUAUGACAACAACUAGUGAUAUUUAAGAAGAAAAAAUUCAUUUAUAUAUUUCACCUAAAAUCUAAGUAUCUUAAAGAAUAUUUCAUGCUCAAUCAUAUCAUAAUGCUUGUCUUAAAUAUUUAAGUAGAUUCUUUUUUCCUUAUUGUCCAUAAUAAUAAUAUUAUGUUGAUUUUUUUAAAUAUUUUGCAGGUAGAGUAGAUUAGAAAUCUAAAAUAAGUGAUUAAUGUUUUAUUGGAUAAAAUACAGAUGUUAAAUAAAAAGUUACUAUUACAAAAUCAAUAAUUGGUAAAAAUUGUAAAUUAGGAAUUGGUUGUGAAAUUAUUAAUAGUAUAUUAUGGGACAAUAUUGAAGUUGAUGAUAAUAUUAUUAUUAAAGAUAGUAUUAUUGCUUCAGGAUGUAAAAUAAAAAAUUCAAUUCAAUCAUAAAUUGUUACAAUAGAGAAUCAAAAAAAUGUUAAAUAAUUAUUAAGUUUUUAAAAAUAUGAUGAUAAUGCUUUUCAAUCUGAAAAUUCUGAUUAAGAAUCUGAUUCACAUGAAUUACAUUAAAAGAAACCAAAAGAAAAUGAUGAUUAAGGAUUAAAAGAAGAUAUGAUAGAUAUAGUAGCUAAUUGCAAAACUGUGAGUUAAGUUAAAGAAGCAAUAACUAAUGUAGAUACAAUUAAAGUUAAUUCAAAUAUUGCUUUUGAAAAUAUUGUUAUAGCAUUUAUGGCUGCAUUUUUAGAUACACUCUAACCAGAUGUUGAUUCUCUUAAAAAUGCAUAUGCAUUAUGGGAGGAAUUUAUUAUUAGAUUUGUUAGUGAAACUGAAGUUGUAUGUUAUAUUAAAUCAAUUGAAACCUUUUGUAGAUAAAACUAAUAAUAUCAUUUAAAUUAAUUUUUAUAAUUGUCAUAUAAACAUUAAAUAUUGAGUGAGUAAGUAAUCAUAAAUUAUUAAAAUUAAAUGGCUACAAUAGAAGAUGAUUAAUUUGCUAAAGAUUUCGUAUAAUCAAGUUAAUAAUUUAAAGAAUAUCUUGAAAAUAUUAUUUUAGAGUAAGAAUAAUAACAAAAUCAAGAAGGAGAUGGUGAAUAUGAAUAUGAAUAUGUAUAUGAAUGAU